CAGUCGGGCCUGACACCCGCGCCCGGCUGCGGGGCCUGGCCUGGGCGGGGGGCGGAAGGGAGAGGGGGGAGGAAGGAAAAAAAAAAAAAAAAAAAAAAAAAAAAAAGAACCACCACAAGAGCCGACCCCCCCGGCGGGUCACAUGACGUGACCGGAUCUUGCCCGCUCCCCGCCGCGCAACAAAGAACCGGGAGCCCCGCGCCGCGAUGGCACUGUGAGCGGCGGCCCCGCCAGGAUUCUGCCCAUUGAUGAUUAAAACAUCGCCUGGAGUUUGGGAAUGGAUCAGAUGCGUCAGUCAAAUGCUACCACAUUGCACCCAAAGAGAGGAAUGCCAUCCAGCUGGGGGAGGGCUUUCGAGCUGUCGCUCUGCUGCUGAACAGCAUGCAGUCCUUUCGGGAGCAAAGUAGUUACCACGGAAACCAGCAGAGCUACCCGCAGGAAGUGCACGGAUCGUCCCGACUGGAGGAGUUCAGCCCGCGCCAGCAGGCCCAGAUGUUCCAGAGCUUCGGAGGAGGCACUGGCAGUGGACGUCGCGGAGCAGCAGCAGCCUCUACAGCGAUGCCUGGUGAGAGCUCUGGCCAUCAGAGCUACCAAGGUUUCAGAAAAGAAGCAGGAGAGUUUUACUAUAUGGCUACCAACAAAGAUCCAGUGGCGUCAGGAGGGCAGCAGCCGCCUCAGCGCAGGCCUUCUGGACCGGUACAGAGCUAUGGGCCCCCUCAAGGGAGUAGCUUUGGGAGUCAGUAUGGGAGUGAGGGACACGUGGGCCAAUUUCAAACACAGCAUUCAACCCUUGGGGGUGUAUCCCACUAUCAGCAGGAUUUUACUGGUCCUUUCUCUCCAGGGAGUGCUCAGUAUCAGCAGCAGGCUUCUAGCCAGCAGCAGCAGGUACAACAGCUGAGACAGCAGAUCUAUCAGUCUCAUCAGCCUUUACCCCAGGCUUCCAGCCAGUCUGCUUCUAGCACCUCGCACUUGCAGCCAAUGCAGCGUCCAUCCACCCUGCCUUCCUCUGCUUCUGGGUACCAGUUACGAGUGGGUCAGUACAGCCAACACUAUCAGCCACCUUCGUCGUCCUCGUCCUCCUCUUUCCCCUCCCCACAGCGUUUUGGCCAGUCAGGACAGAAUUAUGAUGGAAGCUACAGCAUGAAUUCUGGGUCACAGUAUGAAGGCCAUGCCGUGGGUUCCAAUGCGCAGGCAUAUGGGUCCCAGUCAAACUACAGCUUUCAGACUCAACCGAUGAAAAGCUUUGAGCAGUCUAAGCUGCCCCAAAGUGGGCAGCAGGGGCAGCAGCAGCAGCACCCACCUCAGCAUGUGAUGCAGUAUUCAAAUGCUGCCUCCAAGCUCUCUCUUCAAAGUCAAGUGGGACAGUACAGCCAGACUGAAGUUCCUGUAAGGUCACCGAUGCAGUUUCACCAAAACUUCAGUCCAAUCUCUAAUCCGUCUCCUGCUGCAUCUGUGGUUCAGUCUCCAAGCUGCAGCUCCACCCCUUCUCCUCUCAUGCCAGGUGGAGAAAAUCUCCAGUGUGGGCAAGGCAACAUGUCCAUGGGUUCUAGAAACCGAAUCCUGCAGAUGAUGCCUCAGCUUAGUCCUACACCAUCUAUGAUGCCAAGUCCCAAUGCUCAUGCAGGGGGAUUCAAGGGGUUUGGGCUGGAAGGACUGCAGGAAAAAAGGCUCACAGAUCCAGGGCUGAGUAGCCUGAGUGCCCUAAGUUCUCAAGUGGCCAAUCUGCCCAACACAGUCCAGCACAUGUUGCUUUCAGAUGCCUUGGCACCUCAGAAAAAAAGUUCCAAAAGGUCAUCCUCUUCAAAGAAGGCUGACAGCUGCACAAACUCGGAAGGCUCUUCCCAGGCAGAGGAGCAACUCAAGUCCCCCCUGGCAGAGUCCCUUGAUGGUGGCUGUUCCAGUAGUUCAGAGGAUCAUGGGGAAAGGGUGAGACAGCUGAGUGGCCAGAGCACAAGCUCAGACACUACCUACAAGGGGGGUAACUUAGAAAGAUCCAACUCCUCACCAGCACAAGGCUCUCAGAGUGAGCCCUCAAAACUCAGCACCAGCCCUGCAGCUAGGGAAGAUGUGGCCUCCCCUGAUGGGAAGGAAGCUGUGGUGGCUGUGGAAAAUGCCCCCAAAGUGAAUGAAAAGGGAGUUGGAGUGAUUGUCUCCCGGGAAGCUAUGGCAGGUAGAGUAGAAAAGUCAGGUGGACAAGAGAAACCUGCACAAGAUGAUGUUUCCACAGCCACUCAAACACCAAUUAGUGCUAGUGGAGCGAAGGAAGCUGGGCAUGCAGGGCCACAGCCAGAAGCUCAAGGGGGUACUAAAGGGAGCAAAAGUGGAGAUAACACUAACCAUAAUGGAGAGGGGAACAGCCAACCCAGCCAUGCGGUUGUUGGGUCAAAUUUUCCUGUGAGAACAGAACCUUCCAAAUCUCCUGGCAGUUUAAGAUACAGUUACAAAGAUAAUAUAGCAGCUGGCAUACAGAGAAAUAUUGGUGGCUUUCCACAGUAUCCUUCUGGUCAAGAAAAAGGGGAUUUUGCAGGACACAGUGAGCGCAAAGGCCGGAAUGAGAAGUUUCCAAGCCUCCUACAGGAGGUCUUACAGGGUUACCACCAUCAUCCAGACAGAAGGUAUUCUAGGAAUGCACAGGAACAUUCUGGGAUGGCUGGGAGUUUGGAGGGAGCCAUGAGGCCCAAUAUCUUAAUUAGUCAAGCCAAUGAAUUGACGAAUAGAGGCCUCUUAAAUAAAAGUAUGGGGUCUCUCCUGGAAGGCCCUCACUGGGGUCCCUGGGAUAGGAAGUCUAGCAGCGCAGCCCCUGACAUGAAGCAGAUAAAUUUAGCUGAUUACCCUAUUGCUAGAAAGUUUGAGAUGGAGUCUCAGUCCUCUUCUCAUGAAGGGGGAGCACUCUCGGAGAGGAGAUCAGUGAUCUGUGACAUAUCUCCAUUAAGGCAACUUGUCAGAGAUCCUGGUCCUCACCCAAUGGGCCACAUGGGUCCUGAGGGCAGAAGUGGAAGGAGUGAACGUCUUGCCCCUGGCUUAAGCCAGUCAGUAAUACUCCCUGGUGGUUUAGUAUCCAUGGAAACAAAGAUGAAAGCUCACAGUGGGCAAAUAAAAGAAGAAGAGUUUGAACAGUCAAAGAGCUCAGUUAGUCUUAAUAAUAAAAAGACAGGAGACCAUUGUCAUUCUGCUGGCAUCAAGCAUGAGUCUUUCCGAGGCAAUGUUAGCCCUGGAGCUGCAGUCUCCGAUUCUGCUCCAGACUACAUUCCCCAGCAGGAGAGCAGAUCAACCCAGCUGAGACGAGCACCUGGCAGAACUGGAAGCAGCAGGGGUAAAUCACCUUCUCAAUUUCAGGAUCUUGCUGAUAAGCUGAAAAUGUCACCAGGCAGAAGCAGAGGCCCAGGAGCAGAUCUGCAUCACAUGAACCCACACAUGACGCUAUCUGAAAGAGUUAACAGGGGUUCCUUGCAUUCUGGCUACCCUCAGAACUCAGAAGGCUCAUCUUUGGCUGCAGCGUAUCAUGCAAAUGCUAGGCCUCAUCCUUUUGGUGACCCCAACCAGAGUUUAAAUUCCCAGUAUCAUUACAAGAGACAGCUAUACCAGCAACAGCAAGAGGAAUACAAAGAUUGGGCAAGCAGCGCUGCUCAGGGUGUGAUUGCUGCAGCUCAGCACAGACAGGAAGGAGCCAGGAAGAGCCCAAGACAACAACAGUUUUUGGACAGAGUAAGGAGUCCCUUGAAAAAUGACAAGGAUGGAAUGAUGUACCUUCAGGGUAGCUCUUACCAUGAUACUGGAAGCCAGGAUCCUGGGCGCUGCAUUAUGGGAAGCGACAGUGCUCAGGGCAAGUGCACCGACCUAAAACACGGUAACCAGAAACUGCAGCCGCAUGAAUCUGGUUGGGACUUGUCUCGGCAGACUUCACCUGCCAAAAGCAGUGGCCCUCUUGGAGCAGCCAACCAAAAAAGAUUUUGCCCCCAGGAAAGUGAUGGGCACAGACGAGAGGAAUCUACGGAUUUGCCCAAGCCUAGCAACGCCAUGCUCAGGCUCCCUGGACAUGAAGACCAGUCUCCUCAAAAUCCCUUAAUUAUGAGGAGGAGAGUCCGUUCUUUCAUCUCUCCUAUCCCUACCAAAAGACAGCCACAGGAUAUGAAGAACAGUGGCAGUGAAGAUAAAGGGCGAAUGAUGACGUCAGCAAAAGAAGGAGCUGAUAAAACAUACAACUCCUAUGCCCAUUCAUCUCAAAGCCAAGAUGUUGGCAAACCAGUUGCAAAGGGAGAUUCCUUCAAGGAUCUGCCAAGUCCUGAUGGUAGGAAUUGUCCCGCUGUUUCCCUCACAAGCCCGGCUAAGACCAAAAUAUUGCCCCCAAGAAAGGGGCGAGGAUUAAAACUGGAAGCAAUUGUUCAAAAAAUUACAUCUCCCAAUAUUCGGAGAAGUGUUUCCACCAACAGCGCUGAAACUGGUGCAGAUACCGUCACUCUUGAUGACAUUCUGUCCCUUAAGAGUGGACCUGAGGGAGGAAGUGUGGCUGGACAUGGGCCGGAGGCUGAGAAGAGAAAAGGAGAGAUGCUGUCAGAUCAAGUGGGGUCAGCAAGCCAGGACACAGCUAGUGAAAUAACUCUUCCGCGACCCUCAGAAGAGUGGCAAGGCAAUGAGGAUGAUAAAACUAAGAAAGACACCCCUGAAACUGCCAAUGUUAGUAAAGAAGGGACAGGAUCCAGUGCCGCACCACCUCCUCAGAAGUCAAGUGGUCAGGGGAGGUCCGAUGGAUCCGUAAGCGGAGCUGGAACUCUGGCCUUCCCAGACUCAAAAACAAUUUCCCCUUCCAAUGUGUUUACUUCUGAACCAAACCCAAAGUCUGAGGAAAAAGAUGGAGAUGUGACAAACAUUUCACCCAAGCCAGAUGGCUUCCCUCCAAAGGGGUAUUUUCCUUCUGGAAAGAAAAAGGGGAGACCAAUUGGGAGUGUGAACAAGCAAAAGAAGCAACAACAGCAGCAGCAGCAGCAACAACUGCCACCGCCCCCACCACCUCCACCUGUACCUUCUCAGUCUUCAGAAGGGGUCGCUGGUGGUGAGCCAAAACCUAAGAGGCAGAGGAGGGAGAGGCGAAAGCCUGCAGCACAGCCACGGAAGCGGAAGCCUAGACGGGCUGCUCCAAUCGUGGAGCCUCAAGAACCAGAGAUCAAGCUUAAAUAUGCUACCCAGGCUGUGGAUAAAACUGACUCCAAGAAUAAGUCUUUUUUCCCUUACAUUCACGUGGUAAACAAGUGUGAAUUAGGAGCUGUGUGCACAAUCAUUAAUGCGGAGGAAGAGGAGCAGAACAAAUUGGUGAGGGGUCGGAAAGGACAAAGGUCUUCAACACCCCCUCCUAGCAAUGUGGAGAGCAAAGUGCUGCCCACCUCAACUUUCAUGCUGCAGGGCCCUGUAGUAACAGAGUCUUCUGUCUUGGGGCAUCUGGUUUGCUGCCUGUGUGGCAAAUGGGCCAGCUAUCGUAACAUGGGUGACCUCUUUGGUCCUUUCUACCCCCAGGAUUACGCAGCCACCUUGCCCAAGAAUCCACCUCCAAAGAGGGCCACAGAAAUGCAGAGCAAGGUCAAGGUACGGCACAAAAGUGCUUCUAAUGGUUCCAAGACAGAUACAGAAGAAGAGGAGGAACAGCAACAACAGAAGGAACAAAGAAGCCUAGCUGCUCAUCCCCGCUUUAAGAGGCGGCACCGCUCUGAGGACUGUAGUGGAGCCUCUCGGUCACUUUCAAGGGGAGCUUCUUGUAAAAAAGCAACCACUGAAGGUGGCAGUGGUGGUGAAAAGACUCCUUCGGACUCAAAGCCCUCUAUGCCCACUUCAGAAGGUGGCACUGAGCUGGAGUUACAAAUUCCUGAACUACCUCUUGACAGCAAUGAAUUUUGGGUCCAUGAGGGUUGUAUUCUCUGGGCCAAUGGGAUCUACCUGGUCUGUGGCAGGCUCUAUGGGCUGCAGGAAGCUGUGGAGAUUGCGAGAGAGAUGAAAUGUUCCCAUUGCCAGGAACCGGGAGCCACCUUAGGCUGCUACAACAAAGGCUGCUCCUUCCGAUACCAUUACCCAUGUGCCAUCGAUGCAGAUUGUUUACUAAACGAAGAGAAUUUCUCAGUGAGGUGCCCCAAGCACAAGAACAAGAUGGUGAAAGGCAGCCUCAGCACAGAGCAGUCGGAGCGGGGGUGAGGGGGGAAGUGUACUCCUGGGAAUGGAAAUAAAAGCAAGCACAGGUUAGGCUGUUGAGAUAAAAAGCGGUGGACAUUCGUGACUGAAUGGAAUCUCUCCCACUGUGCAGCCAUGCCCCCUCUCGACGUGCCUGCCAAUGCCAGCACUUCCUUCAUCAAUUCUUACAUCACACUCAAGACCGAUGACAUCACAGAAUCUGACCAAGGAGUCUGAACCAGCUGUUUCCAUGGACACAAUCUCCAUAGUGACAGUGGGAAGGGGAGGGGGAAAAAGGAAACAGGUGGGGGGAACUAAAGAGGGAGGGAUAAAUAUAUAUAUAUAUAAAGAUCUAUUUUUUAGUCUUGAAAGACUUUGUUUUAAAUGAAAGGUGCGCUAUCCCUUUUGAUGCUUUUGAUUGAAGUUAACAAAAACCCAGAUAAAUUUAAAAAACAAAUUUGUAGCUGAAGUAAACAUUAAAUCCAAAAUCAAGCAAGGCUCAUGGAGCCUAACAUUUGGCAGGAAAGAACAGUGGUACUGGGAGCAGUCCAGACUGGGUUUGUCUCCCUUUCUCUUGCCUUCUUUCUUUCUCACAGCAUCCAAGGAAGUCCAAUCUUAAAAGGAAAACAAAAUCACAAGAUAAAUUGCUUGUAGGGUGUGGGAGGAAGGUUUGAAUGGAUGCAGGUGGUGGGGCGUUUGUGUGGGGGGGGUAGGGAGGUCGUAGUUUUAAGAAACACUGUAUUGACAGUGGGAGCUUGAUAAACAUCCAAAGACCCUUAGGUCAUGUGGCUCAUGAAGUAAGAGGUAACUGCUGCUUGCUUAGAUCAUGCACACAAGCGUACACCUUGUACAUGUGGGAACCCCUGUACCAUGUUGGAGGAAGGAGCAGCUGCCCUCUGUGGCAGCAGCACCCAACCCAGGUCGUAGCCAGGAGCUGCCUUCAGCGCUGGAAGCAGUGUGCUGGGAGGGGAGGUGUGCUUUACCUGCUGAAGCGGGGAGCUGGGAAGGAAGUCUGAAUGUUGGUGGAACCAAUGUGUUUUCAAAGUGGUCAGAAAACCCAUUUAGCCCUUUUUUGUUUUAUGUUUUGCUUUUCCAAAAGAAGGGAGAAGGAAUGUCAGUGUAACAGGCUACACUAUGUGGUUAUUUGUUGUGGGUUUCUUUGUAAAUUAUGUAAUUGUAAACAUUUGGGUUUAAGGAACAUCAACAAAAAAAACCAAGUUUUUUCUUAUUAAGGCCUUAAGAAAGGGGUUAGUGCAUCUUUCAGGGGUCACUCUGCCAUGGGAAUAAAAUAGCUGUUUCACAAACAGUUUUAUAUAAAAAAAAAAGCUUAAAAAAAAACACCAAAAAAAACUAAUAAACUUCAUUUUAACCUUGUC